CCAACCACCAAAACCCAUGAUUCCUCAUCUCUCUGGUUCAAGAAGCAGCACCCACAAGCGAAUUUUUCUUAUUUUAUUCAAUUUGAAAGUAUUCAUAUUAACAAGCUUGCUAAUUCUGCAUCUCAAUCCGCACCAUGCACCGACAACUCGCGCGUCGUUGUUCAUGUACGCAAAAGAGGAAAAGUCUACCUCACAGUUAGGAGAAACGAAGCAAGUGAAGCCUCUCUAGCUCAUCCGCCGCCUCCCUGGAGCUGCUCUGGAAUUAACCGGAGAUUGGUGAUCUUGAAAUCCUGAGCAAUCUCCCUCACAAGCCUCUGGAACGGCAGCUUGCCGAUCAUCAGAAGCUCCAUGCAUGCUCUUCUCUUUAACUUCAGUCUUUAAAAAAGGAAAAGGUAAAGCCGGAAAGGAGCACAAUCCUCAUGUCUCACUCACUUGCAUUCUUUCUUUUUCUUCUUUUUUUUUUCUUUUUUCUGGUCGUAGUUUGUUAUAAAUCCAAGAUGUGGGCAGCUGACUGUUGAGAAGAUCGAGAAGCCAAACAUAGCCCAUGGAUUUGACCUCUUCUAGUAACAAACUCAGCUGUAAAAUAUUUUUUCAACUAGUGCGUUUUCCAACAACUGGAGCCUUACAUAUUUCUUUUACCUAAUCUGGCAAUCUCAGGCAUCCAACGGUUGAAAACCAAUGAUACCAACCCUACCCAGUCAGCCAUCAAUACAUAUCAUAUCAUAUCAUGAGAGAAGGCAUCUCUUAGCUCCAGGCUUAUUAAGCCCCCCAUUUAGCAGGAAUAUGAGCGGUAUAUCAACUCGAGGUCUCACGUGGUUGAUUUCAUCUUGGUCAAAAGAAUGGCUAGUCAGAUUUCAUCUCAUUGAUAGGCAAGCCCGCUGGAUUCCAUCUUCUUGCAGGUCUGAGAGUGCUUUGAAGUACGGAUGGUUUUUCAUGUUUCUGGUAAUGUUGUCUCAGAUUUCUUUGAAGAGGGGGAAGUCAAUCCGUUCUCGAAUCAUGGAAGCGUUGCUCCUGCCAAGAACUCCAGACUACCACCUCUGCCUCCAGAACGUGCUGGUUUCAAUUAUGGAUUUGAAAAAGAGGGAGAGGGAACUCCAAGCUAAAGAAUCUGAACUGAGAAAGCGUGAAGAGAUUGUAAAACAGAAAGAGGAUGCUGCAGCACGAGCUGGAAUUGUUCUGGAGGAAAAAAAUUGGCCUCCUUUCUUUCCACUUAUCCAUCCUGAUAUUGCAAACGAAAUACCAAUUCAUUUACAAAGGGUGAUGUAUGUUGCAUUUACAACAUGGUUAGGAAUUGUUGCUUGCCUAUUCUGGAAUAUAAGAGCUGUGACUACUGCCUGGAUUAAGGGUGAAGGGGUGACAAUUUGGUUCCUUGCGGUUAUAUAUUUCAUUGCUGGGGCCCCUGGAUCUUAUGUGUCGUGGUACCGUCCUCUUUGCUGUGUGUUCAGGUCUGAGAGUGCUUUGAAGUACAGAUGGUUUUUCAUGUUUCUGAUCCACAUUGGCUUCUGCAUCUUUGCUGCGGUUGCUCCCCCUAUAAUGUUCGAAGGAAAAUCUCUCAUUGGCAUUCUGGCUGCAAUUGAUAUUCGAAGUGAUCUUUGGUUAGGUUGUUCUACUGUAUCGGAUUCGGCAUGUUUUGUCUUGAAUCAGUGCUUAGCAUCUGGAUUAUUCAGCAAGUAUACAUGUACGUCCCGGGAAGUGGUAAAGCUGCUAAAAUGAAGCGUAAGGGAGCAUGACAAGUUGGUGAGGCAGCUGUAUAAGGCAGAGAAACAUGUAUUCAGAAGAAAAAAUAUGGUGACUCUAUUGAUCUAGAUUGUAUAGGCCCUUAGCUACAGGAUUUGCGGAUACAUAUGUUUUGCCCGAGUCUUUACUUUUUGAUUUCACAUAUUUCACAAGAGAUCUCAUCUCACUAGUUGCUUUUUGAAAUAUUAUAGCAAAUUAAAUGAUUGAAGCAACAGAAGCAAGGGAAGGUGUAGGGCACUUGGAUUCAAACACUCACUUCCUUUAUUAAUGCCAGUGUUGUUUAAUUGUAAUUAA